AUGUCGAGCCUGGCGCGGAGGAGACGCACGGCCGUGCUCGGCUCGAAGCGAUGGUGGCAAGGCGGAUGCUGGGCCACCAGGAGCCACCAGGAGGCGUACCUGCGCAAGCUCUACGGCAGGAAGAACAAUCAGGAUGGCAAGAGUAUCGGCGGCCAAAACGCCGACGAGGACGUCGCGGCGCGUGUCGCCGGCAUCGACGCGCCGUGGGCGACGCCCGGUGUUUACGAUCUGCCGACCAUCACCGACGCCGAGCAUCACUACCUGGACGCGUUUCUGAGAAAUCGCGAGAACGACGUGAGCAGCAGCAACAACAACAACAAUGACGACGACGUCGACGUCGGCGUUGUGGUUGGAUGCCCGGCGCUGGCGACGUCGCGCGCGAGCCCGACGGAGAAGUGCGUGGAGUUCCUGAAGGGCGCCCAUCACGACGACGGGGCCAGUUUCGGUCGCCGUGCCGCGGGAGACGCGGAAUGCGGCCGCGUAGCCGACUGCGGUUCGAUGCAUUCGGGUUACGAUGCGGCCGCGGCUUGCACGGAGAAAGUGUGCAGGAGCUGCAGGUGCCCGCGGGAGGAGCACCAGCGUGCUUCGACGGAGGCGGGCGGUCCCUCGGGACUCGGCCUGGGCCCGGGCCCGCCGAUGGCGAUGGCCAUGGCCUUCCCGAGCGGCGCCGGGGGCGCGCCUCACCAGGAGCCGUUCAAGAGCCCGGUGCAAGCUGCGCCGGCCGGCCUGGCGCUGCAGGAGGCACUGAUGCAGCAUCACCAGAGGCACUCGCAGAGCGACGACGACAGCGGUUGUGCGCUCGAGGAGUAUACGUGGGUGCCACCCGGAUUGAGGCCCGAUCAGGUGCAUCUGUACUUCAGCGCGCUGCCGGAGGACAAGAUCCCGUACGCGGGUAGCGCCGGCGAGCGGGAGCGGGUGAAGCAGCUGUUGCAGCAGCUACCGCCGCACGACAACGAGGCGCGUUACUGCAGCGGCCUGACCGAGGAGGAGAAGCGCGAGCUGCGCGUGUUCGCGGCACAGCGGAAGCGCGAGGCCCUCGGCCGCGGGCACGCGAGCCAGCUCGAGCGGCCGCACGGCGCCGGAUGCCGCGAGUGCGGCCGCGCGAUCGCGGCCGGCGAGAUGGCCGUGGCGGCGAGCCGCGCGGGCCCGGCCGCCCUCUGGCACCCGGCAUGCUUCGUGUGCUGCGUCUGCCGUCAGCUGCUGGUGGACCUCAUCUACUUCUGGCGGGACGGCAGGCUCUACUGCGGCCGCCACCACGCCGAGACCCUCAAGCCCCGCUGCUGCGCCUGCGACGAGAUCAUCCUCGCCGACGAGUGCACCGAGGCCGAGGGUAGAGCGUGGCAUAUGCGCCACUUCGCCUGCCUCGAGUGCGACCGACAGCUCGGCGGUCAGCGGUACGUGAUGAGAGAGGGCCGGCCGUACUGUCUCAGGUGCUUCGACGCCUCCUUCGCCGAGUACUGCGACAGCUGCGGCGAGCCGAUCGGCGUCGACCAGGGCCAAAUGUCGCACGAGGGUCAGCACUGGCACGCGACCGAGGCUUGCUUCUGCUGCGCCACUUGCCGCACCUCCCUCCUGGGCCGGCCGUUCUUGCCGCGACGUGGUGCCAUUUACUGCAGCAUAGCGUGCAGCAAGGGGGAACCGCCGACGACACCGAGUGACUCCUCCGCCGGGCCGCCGCCGCCCCCGCCGUCCUUCCUCAGGAGCGGUCGGAGGCAGGUGGCCAUGAGCGAGGGUUCGUCGAGUCCACCCCCGCCGCCUCCACCUCCGCUUCCUCCAGGUUCGAGGCAUACCCUCGGAUCUCCUAGGAAUUCGCCUCGAAUGACCAGAAGACAUCAACAAAUAUCCGCUUCCUUGGCGACGACGCCCACCCAGAGUGCCCAGAACGCCCUGAGCCCCGAGUUCGGCGCGGAAGGACUUUCUUCCAGCGGUUCCAGGCCCAGCGGCCUCGACAGGGUGCUUUUGGAGCGAAACCUUGAGAGGUUGUUACAGGAACGCGGCUCUCACCCUGACGAAAACAGCAGCGAUUUGGGAAGGCUGAUGCAAGCGCGGGAUCGGGAACCCCUGAGAUGCAUCCAGAAUUGCACGCCUACCCACGCGUCGAGCAUGCCGGAACUGCCGCCACCCCCGCGGCCGUCGUCGGGAGCGUCAGCAUCAAUGUCGACAUCGACCGCCGGCGCGGCGUCCGCCGGCGUGCUGGCGCAAGAGCCGGCGACGUCGCCGGCCAGUCCCGGGAUCGGAGCCAGCCAGACGGAUCCGCCGACGCCGACGUCGCGACGCGUGCGGUUCCAGGGGGAUCUGGAUGUUAACGAUCACGGCGCGACGUCGCGCAUCCCGCUCUCGCCAACGAACGACCGGAAUUCGUCAUCGUCGCCCUCGCCUACGUUGCUGUCGAGAACGAACGUGUCACGUUCGAGGAGUCUGCAGCCCGAGGAGGUCGCCAGCACGUCUUGGGGAACUGCAGGCACGUCCAGAUCGAGGACGGACGGUGAGGAUGACGACGCCGAGAGCUGUUGCUCGACAUGUAGCUCGUCCAGCAGCUCGGACGAGGCCGCGGCUUACGCGCUGCCACCGCGACGAGCUUACGGCGGCGUCCGGAUCUCCUACGUGCCGAACGACGCGGUGGCGUGCGCGCGGAAACGCGCGCCCGCGUCCUCGUCGUCGUCGAAUCAGGCACAGAGGGACACCGAAAAGUGCGUCGUGUCUUGA